AUGAGGCUGCUCGGCGCGGCGGACGACGGGAAGAUCAACGACGAGGGGAUGGCGCUGCGCAAGGCCGAGGAGGCCGCUGCGCGGAGGUGCGAGGCGGCGCGAUGGCUGCGGCAGAUGGCGCCGGCGGCGGUGGAGGCCCUGCCGGACAGGCCGUCGGAGGAGGAGUUCUGCAUGGCGCUGCGCAACGGCCUCAUCCUCUGCAAGGUCCUCAACCGCGUCAACCCCGGCGCCAUCCCCAAGGUCGUUGAGAAUCCCGUUGACGCGGUGCAGUGGUCUGAUGGGGCGGCGCAGUCCGCGAUCCAGUACUUCGAGAACAUGAGGAACUUUCUCGUUGCAGUUAGCGAGAUGAAUCUGUUGGAAUUUGAAGCUUCCGACAUUGAGAAGGGAGGUUCAUCAAUGAAAGUUGUGGACUGCAUACUCUGUCUCAAAGGAUACCACGAGUGGAAACUUUCAGGUGGGAUCGGUAUAUGGCGGUAUGGAGCUAUUGUUAAGAUUGCACCUCCAAGCAAGAGGUUGCCUUCACAUUCAUCCAGGUUUGGAGGCUCAGCUGACCAGAACCAACAGAUGCUGGAAUUUGUUCAUCUUCUCUCCGAGGUCUCCCUUGAGGAAACCAGAGUUGAAGAAUCCCAGCAUUCACUUUUCCAGCAGUUUGUUCUUCGAGUUGUGCGGGCAUUCCUUCUGGAAUGGAGUGAAGCUGACGACUUGCCUUUAGAUGAUAUGGUCCUUGAAACAAUACUUGAGCAAGCCUCUAAAGAAUUCACCAUUCUGCUUGUGUCCCACCGGAAUCAGGUCAGAUCACUUUUAAGGAAGAUGAUGAAAGAUGAAAGUGGUGUCUGUUCUAAAUUGGAGUUGAUUGAAGCUAUUUCAAAAUCUUUGCAAUGCCCCUAUGGUAGCCAAAAAUACUUGGAUGGUGAAGGACUUGAACACCAACAAAAAGAGCUGAAGAAGUUAAAACUGUCCUUCAAUGAGAUGAAGUCUCAAGUUGAAUCUACUCGAGCUAAAUGGGAGGAAGACUUGACGAGGCUAGAAAGCUAUUUCGAGGCUCAGAACCAUAAUGCUUACCACAAGUUACUGGAGGAAAAUCGUAAGUUGUACAAUCAAGUCCAAGAUCUUAGAGGUAGCAUUCGAGUCUACUGUAGAGUGAAACCUUUACCGAAGUCCCAACCUGAUCAACGAUCUACUGUGGAUCAUAUUGGGGAAAACGGCGAGAUCAUGAUUACGAACCCUGAGAAGGAAGGAAAGGAUGGACGGAAGAUAUUCUCUUUCAACAAAAUAUUUGGACCUAAUGUUUCACAAUCUGAAGUUUAUGUUGAUACACAACCACUUAUAAGAUCAGUGAUGGAUGGCUAUAAUGUUUGUAUAUUUGCAUAUGGUCAAACAGGAUCGGGAAAAACCUACACUAUGAGUGGUCCAGACAAAACAGCAGAGGAGACCUUGGGCGUAAACUACCGAUCGCUAAAUGAUCUGUUUGAUAUUUCUCAAAACAGAUCAGAUACCACGACAUAUGAUGUGAGGGUACAGAUGAUUGAAAUAUACAAUGAACAAGUGAGAGAUCUAUUGAUGGCUGAUGGUGCAAACAAACGAUUAGAGAUCCGUAACAAUUCUCACGUGAAUGGACUCAACAUCCCUGAUGCCAAUUUAGUGCCUGUGAAGUGCACAAAGGAUGUUUUGGACCUGAUGAAACUUGGCCACAGAAAUCGGGCUGUUGGAGCGACUGCUCUUAAUGAACGAAGUAGCCGCUCACACAGUGUGUUGACAGUUCAUGUGCAAGGGAAGGAGAUAAUUUCUGGUUCAACUUUAAGAGGGUGCCUUCACCUGGUGGAUCUCGCGGGAAGUGAGAGGGUGGACAAAUCUGAGGCCGCCGGAGAACGACUGACUGAAGCCAAGCACAUCAACAAAUCACUAUCGGCACUUGGUGAUGUUAUAGCGGCACUAGCCCAGAAGAGUUCACACGUUCCAUACCGCAACAGCAAGCUAACACAAGUGCUGCAAGAUGCCUUGGGCGGCCAGGCAAAGACGUUGAUGUUUGUGCAUGUGAAUCCUGAAGCAGAUUCUUUUGGUGAAACAAUUAGCACUCUCAAGUUCGCCGAACGCGUGGCCACCAUAGAACUUGGCGCGGCCCGUGUUAACAAGGAAGGUGCACAGGUCAAAGACCUCAAGGAAGAGAUUGGUAAACUGAAAUCGGCAUUGGAAGAUAAGGAACGUGAGGCAGCACAGCUGAGAGAUGCCACGAACCGUAUAACAUCAUCCGAGACAAGAAAUGCAAGGGCGAGGUCGCCUCUUAUUACCACCAGCUUGCGCUUCAAGCCUGAGGCUAGGCAGGAUUCCAGCGUCGACACUUGCACAAGCGAGAUCAGAAGCUCGUCGUCCGGAAAGCAGAGAAGGUUCCGGUCUCCACUGUCGGUGCGAGAGGUGGACGACAAGUCACCCGUGAUCAGCAGGGAGCUAUACUUCAGCUCACGCAAGUUCAAGACCCCGUCACCUCCGGUGAGAAGCUCGUUCUCCGCCGAGAGAUCCGGUGGCACCGCGGCGAAAACCAUGGAGAAGGCCGACAGCGUCAUCGAAUGCACGCCCACGCCGAGGGCCGAGCCCCCGGCAAAGGCAUCGCAAGGCAGCCGGUCCAGGAACAACACGCCGGCGUCCAUUCUGACGGAGCAGAGCCUGCGGAAAUUCCGGGACUCGGAGGAGAACCGGAGCGCGAAGCCGACGGUUAGAGAGAGCGUCAGCGUGACCAAGAACAGGCCUGACAGCGCGACCAAGGCGCGGAGGGAGGAGCAGCAGCAGCAGCAGACGGCGAACGGCUGCGCGGACUCCGGGAGUAAGGUGGCGAGGUCGGAGGCCAGGGUGAGGAAAAACUGGUCCGAUGUGGAGAACGAGCUGGCCAACGGCGAGCCCACCUUCCAUCUCAGCCGGAAGUCGGCGAAGAAGCUCCCGCCGCCGGCGAUUAGGCAGUCCCAGAGCAUCGAUCUCAGGGCGUCGGUCCGGGAGGUGGAGGCCGUGACGGAAGGGAAGGUUCGCCGGAACAGGCCGCCGUACGCAGAGAGGACCAACGUCCCCUUGCCGGAGACGCGCCGCAGCAUGUCCCUGCCGCGCAGGAAGCUCGCGCCCGUGUGA